AUGGAGGAUUUAGUACAAUCCGGUGUGUUGGAUCAAGUGCAAGCGAAUAUAGAUUAUUUGAAAAAGAAAUGGGAAGAAAUUACGGAUGAAAUGGAUUCAGCUUGUAUGAUUGCUGACGACGCAGGAGAAUAUACCGAAAUAUUCUUUAGAAUCGAAAGAAAUUUUUUAAGCAUUUUAGCAUUAAUGGGCAAGGGUCCUGAAAUUUUAAAUGUAGGAAUAGAGCCAAAUAUCGUGAAAUUACCACCAAUCAAAAUUCAACAAUUUAGUGGCGAGUUUAAGGAUUGGCCAAAGUUUUCAACAUUGUUUAAGAGUAUGAUUAUUGAUAAUAAAAUGCUAAACGACGUACAACGGAUGCAGUAUUUGCAAACAAAUAUGGCUCCAAAAGCGUCAAAAAUAAUUGACCAACUGGGAUUGCAAAAUUUCAAUAUAGCUUGGAAAUUGUUGCAAGGUCGUUAUGAUAAUAAACGUGCUAUCAACAAUAUGUUUUUAGAUAACUUAAUGGAUUUACCAAGAAUGACUAAAGAUACUCAAGCAGACAUGCAGCAAUUAAUUGAUACUAGUAGAGAAUUUAUUGCUUUGCUUGAGGGAAUGACAAAUAUCAUUUUAAGAUUAUUGAGUAAAAAAUUGCAUCCAAGAAGUCUGGAAAAUUAUGAAUCAACAUUAAGAAAUCCAAAAGAACCACAAAAAUUAGAAGAUUUUUAUCUAUUUUUGGAGCAAAGAUCCCAGAUUUUGGGUUCUGUUGAGGCUGAAAAUGGUUAUUAUAAAAAACCAUUCACAAAGGAAGAAAAUAAAAAAGUUUUGUUUAAAAAAUGUGUAGAUUGCGGGGAUGCAAGGCAUCCAAUUUAUUUAUGUGACAUUUUCAAAAGGCGAAAUAUGAAAGAUCGUCAAAGAAUUGUAAGAGAAAAUAACCUUUGUCUUUUAUGUUUAAAAUCAGAUCAUUCAUAUAAAUUUUGUAAAUCAAAUUUGAAAUGUGGAGAGUGCGGAAAGAGGCACAAUACAUUGUUACAUUUGGAUAAUGAGUUUGAGUCAAAGCCAACUAUAUCAUAUUCAAAGUCGAAUACUUCAUAUUCAAAGCCAGGUACAUCAUAUGCUAAACCAAGUGCAGCAUAUUCGAAGAAUAAUCAUCAACAAAAAAAGGCGUUUUUGUGUACUGCUGAAGAAAAUGAAAAUAGUGAUGAAUCAACUGUAGCAUGUGUUGCUUCAAGUCAAAACAAGGGCUCAAAGGUUUUAUUGGCAACAGCUAAAAUUAGAAUUAAAACUGAUUUUGGGUGGUCGGAAGAAUUUGGUGCAUUAUUGGAUCAGGGAUCUAUGGCAACGUUUAUAACUGAUGAUGCAGUAAGGAAAUUAAAAUUAAAAAAGGAAAAGAAUAAUGUGUCAGUUUCUGGGAUUGGAGGUGUUAAAACUGAAAAAUCUUUGGGAAGUGUGAAUUUGGAGUUUACAGCACGUUAUCCAAGUGCAUUUAUAGGGAAAACUAAAGCAAUAAUUUUAGGGAAAUUGACAAAUUUAUCACCAUUAUCUUAUGCAAAGGGAAAGAUCAAUAAGAUAAACAAUUUCAAUCAGUUAAUUUUGGCAGAUCCAGAUAUUAGCAACACUUGUAAAAUAGAUAUAAUUUUGGGAGCAGACGUGUACGCAACGUUGUUAUUAAAUGGUGUAAUUAAGGCAGAAAAAGAUAAUUUGGUUGCUCAAGAAACUCAGCUUGGUUGGAUCAUUUCAGGUGUUUUGGGUCAUCAGUUAGAAUUAAAUGGUGUUUGUUUAAUAUCAACUAUUGAUGAAUUAAAUGAAAGUAUGAAAAAAUUUUGGGAAAUCGAAGAAAUUUUUCCGUCACAGUUUAUAUCGGAAGACACAGAGAGAAAAUUUACACGAAUACACUUACAGAUUCUGUAUAAUUUUUGA